AUGUCUAGCGUUACUACCGAUCAAAGGGAAUUGGAAGAGCCAAAUACACUACUUCCAGAAGUAAUUACAACAGGAUUUGUCUUAGACGAAGAAGAAGAGGAUGAAAUCAAGAAUGUGGAGAAUCCUUACUUAAAGAUGUUUGGGCAAACUCCGGCAAUUGAUGCAUUAAGAAACUCCGAAAGAACCAAAAAUUUCAAUACAUACGAAUACGCGGAAUUUUAUUGUCCUGAAUUAUUCGGUUUCAAAAGUCUAAAGCCAUUUAGAAAUUAUAAAGGCUUAGUCAAGGAGACCAAGGACGAUGACAAUAGAAACGACAGUUAUAAAGAAUCAGGGAAAUCCUUUAGUAGAAGCACAGGAAUGGAAAAAUAUGUUUAUGGUGAAGAUCCAAUUAAAUUUGUACAGCAAUUUUUGCGUGAAUACCAGAAAAGAAAUAUUCUAGAAAGUAAAUCUACUAUUUAUACCACCUUUAGAAGUCUGUUACCAGUCAAAAUUAACUGCUAUGUGUGCUGCUUCAGAUGGUAA